GAUGCUGUAAUGUUACAAGUUGUGCCGCCUUUGAGCUCGGAAACCAGUCAAGAAAGAGACUAGGGCCCAAGUGUGUAAACGCAAAGAAAACAAGUGAACGUUUAUACCAGUAACUGGAAUAAGGAGAGCGGGCUACGAGUGGGGAAAACUGUCCCUUCGCGGAAAUGUGUGUAUUUGUGGCCAGAGACCACGCAAUUAACUCGGGAGUGGCAAUAGUUGCCAAUCGGUCCCCAGAACUGCAGUGAGGAUCAGUCAAUGUCUGACUAGCCCAUUGUUUAAAAGAACACCAUGACAGUUCCAAGGUCUGUGAGCUCUUUUAUCAACUUUAUCAUUGGAAUUGUGAUCGGAGUUUUCAUCUGUUCCUAUUUUGUCAACAAGGCCACAUCACACUUUCAACAUCGCAUACAGAUGAAUUACAAACAUCGCAACUUCCAUUAUUACCAUUCCCUUGUGAAAGGAAUGAUGAAUUGUACUUCAAUAAGGAAUGAGUCUGUAGCGGAUGAUCUGCGCAAGAAAGUGCGCAUCCUUUGCUGGGUGAUGACCGCACCCAAAAAUCUGGAAACUAAAGCCAAGCAUGUCAAAGCUACCUGGGGCAAGCGCUGCAACAUUUUGCUGUUCAUGAGCUCAGAAAGCAAUCCAGAUUUUCCUACCAUUGGCCUGGAAACAAAAGAGGGCAGGAAGCAGUUGUACUGGAAAACCAUUAAAGCUUUCCAUUAUGUGCACAAACACCACAUCAACGAGGCUGAUUGGUUUCUGAAGGCUGAUGACGACACUUAUAUUGUCAUUGACAAUCUCAGAUUGCUUCUCUCCAAGUACAGCCCCAAUGAACCUGUGUACCUGGGCAGGCGCUUUAAAACAUUCCUCAAACACGGUUACAUGAGCGGAGGAGCUGGCUAUGUUUUGAGCAGAGAAGCUCUGAGUAGGUAUGUGGUUGCUUUCAGAGAUAAGACCUGCAAUCAUUCUUCUCAUGUUGAGGAUCUAGCAUUAGGGAAAUGUAUGGAAAUACUUGGAAUUACGCCUGGAGACUCCAGAGAUAAUCACUUAAGAGAGACAUUUUUACCUCUUACUUUGUCGAGUCACUUGAUAAAACGGCGUCCAGACCUCAGCUUCUGGUAUUGGAAAUUCAGCUACUACAAAGCUACAAAUGGUCCCGAAUGCUGCUCCGACUUAGCAAUUUCCUUUCACUAUGUAAGCCCUGAGAUGAUGCACGUUUUGGAAUAUUGUAUUUAUCACCUGCAUGUUGUGGGAUACAGAUCCAGAAAAAGAACUUAUUUCCCAGGUCCAUCUGGAACAUUAAAGGAAGGGAAGGACCAGGGAGAGAGAUGCUGCCAGUCUAUUCUUGCUAAUUUCAUGUACGUAAGCCUCUGAGGUUCCUGUACUGAAGUUGAUGCUAUAAAUGAUGUUGGCUGGACAAUUGCCAUGCAUGGACCCUCUGAGUUUCUGGGCUUCUCCAGUAUGUCCUGCUUUUUUAAAUUCAAAUUUCCAACAUUGGCACUAUUUUGCUAAACGUUGACAUUGAACACAAAAUAGAGGGAACAAAUGACCAAAAUCCUGGAUCAAAAGGAAAGAAGGACAAAGAGGUUAAGGGACAGAUUCCAGAACCUAGGAACCAAGCUUGAAGAUGUAGUAACUAGUGGUGGGAUGAUUAAAAUCAGGAAUGCACAAGAGGCAAAUGUAUUCCAUUUCACAUUAUCACUGAAUCAUCAAGAUGGUUGCUUCUCCCAUUGGUACCAUUCCACUCAAGGUGGCUUGUUACUUGUCGCUUUGGUACGGUAUCAAACAUCAGCCAUGUUAUCCUUGAUUGAGGAUGUGUUGCCUGUUGAACAGAGUCAAGAGCACUUUCAUGCUGAACAUUGCAAUACAUGUUAUUGGCAACAAUCUGCUGAUGUGAGUACCAGAUAUCUAAGCACUCCACUGGUGAAAAAAGAACAGACAGACAAAUUCAUACCUGAUCUGAAAUGAUGUACAAUCACAAUGAAAUGGUGUCACAAUCACAAUGAAAUGUAGCAGAUUAUCUUCUUGUUGUACAAAUAGAAAUAUACCUUCUGAUAAUGUUGUCAUUUACUUUUGGUAUCUGAGACUUUCUUAGGUGUUAGGAGAGAGAGUCCCUUGGAAUGUUUCAGUAUUUGCAGGUCUUUUGGAAUCGGUUGUUUAUUCGUAUGGGAGUGGCCAAUAUUUUUUACAA